AGCAAAGAUUACCGGGAUCAGAGUGCUUGAAGAAACAAUUCGGCGAAAUGGGGGAGAGGGCAGCAGCUGCUUCGUUAAAGUUUGUGACGGUACAGGCGAACUCGGCAAGCCUCGCAGAGGCGAGGGCUCGGGUGUUCGAAUUCUUCAAAACCACCUGCCGAUCCAUCCCUACCGUCAUGGAAAUCUACAAUCUCCAGGACGUCGUCAACGAAUCCCAGCUCCGUUCCGCCGUCUCCUCCGAGAUCCGCAGGCACGCUCACAUCACCAAUCCCAAGGUGAUCGACAUGCUGCUUCAGAAGGGGACAGAAGAGUUGCACAACAUUGUGCAGCACUCAAAGCAGCGGCACCAUAUUAUUGGGCAAUAUGUAGUGGGCCAGCGAGGACUGGUGCAUGAUUUGGGAACUAAGGAUGAAGGGACUUCCGAUUUUCUCAAGAACUUCUACAAAAGCAACUACUUCUAAGUGUUCAGAAAAUAAAGGAGUUGCUUAUCAUUUUGAGUCUUGUUUUCCCCCAGCGAUAUAUAUGGCUUCUCCAAACGAAAUAAGGACCAUUAUUGUAUCU